AUGACAGAGGAAUCAAAUUUAUUAACAAGGCGUGGACGUGGUCGACCUCGAGGGGUGAGGGGACUAACUCGAGGUUUUCCAAGUGCCACGACUGCCGCGAAUUUGCGUGGUACUCGAAGAGGAGGAAGUCAAGGAAAAAUAGAUUUAGCAGUAAAUGCCGGAAAUUCUUCAAUUUCAACAGAAAUAAGAGGAGGAGGAAAAAGCAAUAGUAGUGUUAGAGAGCUUUCACCUGAUAGAUUGACACUUUCACCUGAUAGAUUACCACCACCUGGAAGAUUGGCUUCAGUAAGGACGGCUCCAACUGGACAUUAUUUUUUACCAACUUCUUCAAGGGUAACAUUACGUGGUACCCAAAGAAUGAAUUUCGUGCCGACUGUACCUUUAGCUCAUAGACGCCCACAACCUCUCGGUCAUGAUAUUUCAACACGAGGCAGAGCAAAUACUCGUGGACGUGGAAGAUUUACUCCUGAAUUGGCUGCUUCGGGACCAUUCGCUUACGGAUCACUUUCUAAUUUUACGCCAUCUGGAUCAAUGAUUAAUCGUAAUGACGCGAAUCAACCAAUUGUCGAAGAACGAAAAAAUAGAUCCGAUUUAGCUUCAGAUUUUGAAUCAUUCCGUGAUGAUCCAUGGGCUCCAGAUAUGAUUUAUACUUAUGAUGAAAAAGAAGAUCGCAUUUUAGAAAGCGAUAACGAUAAUUAUGUUGGUCAAGAUGGUUCUUUACUUGACGGCUGGAGAGGAAAACGUGAUCAACCUAUAAAUUUCGACGAGAUAGUAUGUAAUCUAAAUUUUUAA